UCCUCAUUUCUUCCUCCCCUUCUUCCAUCUUUCCCAAGCACGCGAAUUAGGGCACCCACCGCCGCGUAAUUCCCUGGUGACGGAGCCCCGCUCUCUUUAAACCGUCCUCCCCUCCCCUCCACCGCGGCGCAGGCGAUCGCCGCCCCCUUCUCCUCCUCCUUCCAUGGCGACCAACCCCGCGACCGUCGGCGGUCGCACCAGCGUCCGCGUCGUCGUCAUCGGCGACCCUGGCACCGGCAAGUCCAGCCUCAUCGUCUCCGUAGCCACCGAGACCUUCCCCGAGAACGUCCCCCACGUCAUGCCUCCUACCCGCCUCCCCGCCGACUAUUACCCCGAUCGCGUCCCCAUCACCAUCAUCGACACCUCCUCCAGCCCGGAGAACAAGACCAAGCUGAUCAGCGAGUGCCAGAUGGCCGACGCCAUCGUGCUCACCUACGCCUGCGACCGACCCUCCACCCUUGACCGCCUCAGCACCUACUGGCUCCCGGAGCUCCGCCGCCUUGAGGUUAAGGUGCCCGUGAUCGUUGUUGGCUGCAAGCUGGAUCUGCGGGACGAGCAGCAGAUGAGCCUGGAGCAGAUCAUGUCGCCGAUCAUGCAGCAGUUUCGGGAGAUCGAGACUUGCAUCGAAUGCUCCGCCCUCCGGCAGAUUCAGGUUCCUGAGGUUUUCUAUUAUGCUCAGAAGGCAGUGCUUCAUCCGACUGCCCCACUUUUUGAUCAAGAGAUGCAAUCAUUGAAGCCUCGAUGUGUGAGGGCUUUGAAACGGAUAUUCAUUCUCUGUGACCAUGAUAGAGAUGGAGCUCUCAGUGAUUCAGAGUUGAAUGAAUUUCAGGUUAGAUGUUUUAACUCUCCUCUGCAGCCUAUUGAAAUUGUGGGUGUCAAGAAAGUUGUGCAAGAGAAGAUGCCUGAAGGGGUUAAUGAGCAUGGUCUUACGUUGACUGGGUUUCUCUUCCUUCAUGCGCUUUUUAUAGAAAAAGGCCGUCUUGAAACAACAUGGACAGUGUUGAGAAAAUUUGGAUAUGACAAUGAUAUUAAGCUUAGGGAUGAUCUCCUUCCAUUAGCAUUUAAACGAGCCCCUGAUCAGAGUGUGGAGCUGACAAAUGAAGCUGUGGAGUUCUUGAAAGGAAUUUUCUUCAUGUUUGAUAUUGACAAAGAUGGGGCUCUGCAACCUGCUGAACUUGAUGAUCUGUUUUCAACUGCACCAGAGAGCCCUUGGUCUGAAGCUCCUUACAAGGAUGCUGCAGAAAAGAACGUGCUAGGAGGAUUGUCACUUGAAGGAUUUCUUUCUGAGUGGGCCCUCAUGACACUUCUAGACCCAGCAGGUAGUCUGGCGAAUCUGAUAUACAUUGGAUACCCUGGUGAUGCUGCUUCAGCAUUUCAUAUAACCAGAAAAAGGAGAUUAGACCGUAAACGGCAACAAUCCCAGAGGAAUGUUAUUCAAUGCUUUGUCUUUGGUCCUAAAAAUGCUGGAAAAUCUGCAUUGUUAAAUGCAUUGGUUGGGAGAACAUUCCCUGAGAAGGACACACCAACAACCAGCGAGCGCUUUGCGGCAAAUAUUGUAGAACUGCCAGGAGGAAUAAAAAAGACACUAGUAAUGCGGGAGGUACCAGAAGAUGAAGUCAAAAUGGUGCUGUCUAAUAAGGAGUCCUUAGCAGCUUGUGACAUAGCUGUAUUUGUUCAUGACAGUUCGGAUGAGAUCUCAUGGAGGAAAGCCAAAGAUUUGCUUGUGCAAGUUGCUAGUCAUGGAGAAAAUACCGGCUUUGAGGUUCCUUGCCUUAUUGUUUCUGCUAAGGAUGAUCUUGAUCCAUAUCCCCUGGCCAUACAGGAUUCGACAAGGGUAAGCCAGGACAUGGGAAUAGAGACACCUAUACCUAUCAGCAUAAAGUUAAGAGAUUUCAAUAAUGUAUUCCUUAGGAUAGUUACUGCUGCACAGCAUCCUCAUCUGAGCAUUCCUGAAACUGAAGCUGGAAGAAACCGCAAGCACUAUCGCCGGCUUGUGAAUCGUUCCCUCAUGUUUGUUUCAGUUGGAGCUGCUGUGGCAGUUGUGGGACUGGCUGCUUACAGGGUUUAUGCAGCUAGGAAGAAUACAUCAACCUGAGGAUCUCCGUUGGUGCCUCAAACCAGCUUGGCAAAAACAGCAGCAGCAGUUCUAGGGUUGCUAUUUUUUGGAACUAUCCUCCGUCAUCCUUUAGUUCUUUUAAGAUGUACAGUUGUCACUAGCUUCCAUCAAGGCCUGAGCAAAGUUCUUGCUGCCUCAAGUUGUUGGCUUCCUAGAUCAGUUUUUGAAAUGUUAAAUGCUGUUGCUUUGAGCCUUUUAUGAUGGAAAGCUUUUUAGUUUUUUUUUGGGGUGCAUAAGGGUUACCUCUACACUACAGGCUUUUUUUUUUUGUUAAUUCUCAUAACUAUUCAGUUUUAUUCAGGUAUCUCGAUUUUGAGAAGUUGGUGUUCAUGCC